CAUUCUGCAUUCACUUCACUAAGAAACACCAAUCAGAAGCUUUUAAACACGGACUGGAUGGUUCUGGUUCUGGAUGUGUGGUUCUGAAAGGAUCUAGAACUCAGUGGGAUAAAGAGCUACAGCAGCUGAUUCUCUCCUGUGCUGAUCUGAUCAUUCCAGACUUCCUGAAAGAGAAAGUGAAGUUUGUACUGAAGCAGUGUUACAGAGGAACAGCACAGCAGCAGUUGGAGGAAAUGGCUGCUAAAUACCAUCUUUCAGAAGAAGAGCUUUUAUGCCCUGUGUGCUGUGAGAUCUUCAGGGAUCCAGUUAUCAUGUCAUGUAGCCACAGUGUGUGUAGAACCUGUCUGCAGCAGUUCUGGAAGACUAAGGGCUCUCAAGAAUGUCCAGUUUGUAGGAGAAGAUUUUCUAAAGACAAUCCUCCCUGUAAUCUGGUACUGAAGAACUUGUGUGAAGCUUUUCUGGAGAGCAGGAGUCAGAGAUCUUCAGCAGGGUCUGAGGGGGUCUGCAGUCUGCACAAUGAGAAACUCAAGCUCUUCUGUUUGGACGAUCAGCAGCCUGUGUGUUUGGUCUGUCAUCUAUCAAAAUCACAUAAAACUCACGACUGCUGUCCAAUAGAUGAAGCUGUGACUGACUGUAAGACUAAACUUCAGACUGCUUUGGAGCCUCUACAGAAGAACCUGAAAGUCUUAGAGGAAGCUAAACGAGACUAUGAUCAAACAGCAGCCCACAUUAAGACGCAGACCCAGCACACAGAGAGACAGAUAAAGCAGGAGUUUGAGAAGCUUCACCAGUUUCUAAGAGAUGAAGAAGCAGUGAGGAUAGCUGCACUGAAGGAGGAAGAGGAGCAGAAGAGUCAGAUGAUGAGGAGGAAGAUUGAGGAGAUGAAUGAAGACAUAUCAUCUCUUUCAGACACAAUCAGAAACAUAGAGAAGGAGAUGGAAGCUGAGGACAUUCAGUUUUCACAAAACCUCAAGUCUACAGAGUCAGUAGUUCAGCGCUCACCAAAGCAUCCAGAGAAGACAUCAGGAGCUCUGAUCAAUGUAGCCAAACACCUUUCCAACCUGAAGUUCAGAGUGUGGGAGAAGAUGCAGGAGAUUAUCCAGUACACUCCUGUUACUCUGGACCCCAACACUGCCCACCCAAAACUCCACCUGUAUGAUGAUCUCACUGCUGUAGAAGACAGAGACCAGAGAUCAUCAGUUCCUGAUAAUCCAGAGAGAUUUGAUAAAUACUUAUUCGUUCUGGGUUCUGAGGGUUUUAACUCAGGGACACACUGCUGGGACGUCCAUCGUCAGCGCUGUGGAACGAGACAAUCUCCGGGCCUGUUUGCCCUGCCCCUGGAACCUGCAUACACUGCAGCACCGGUGUCCUACCUUGUCGAAACGUCCUACCGUGGCGCAGAAUGA